AGUCUAUUAUCAGACACGUCGUGCGCGGGGUAACAUAUAACCGAAAUGAUUAGAAAGGGCGAACAAAAUAUAUAUCAAAUCAUUUCACAUCGUGUAGGUGCAAAUGUUUUGUGAUAAAGCGUGAGGGACGACUUUAAUGUGAAGUGAAAGAAUUAUACAAAAAUGGAAGAAAACAAAUUUCAAAUAGCAGACUACAUCGUUUUUGGAGCGAUGCUUCUGGUUUCCGCCGGAAUAGGAGUAUAUUAUGCUUUUGCUGGAGGAAAGCAACGAACAAACAAAGAAUUUUUAAUGGCAGACCGCAGCAUGAGGUCACUUCCUGUUGCGUUAUCGGUCCUCGCCAGCUUCUUUUCGGCCUCCACUUUACUGGGCACUCCGGCAGAAAUCUACGAAUAUGGAAGCCAAUACUGGAUAUCUGUGUUUGGGGCUAUUUUAGCCCCUCUGACAGGAGCUUUCUUUUUCGGUCCGAUGUUCUUUAAUUUGAAAAUCGUUAGUGUGUAUGAGUACCUUGAACUAAGAUUCCAUUCCAAAUCUGUCCGUUUGUUCGCAGCAGCACUGUUCAUUUUACGACUGAUUAUGGGGAUGGGUAUCGUGCUAUACGGUCCAUCGACUGCACUAGCAGCAGUAACAGGGCUUCCGGUUUGGACAAUCAUUUUAGCAGUGGGGGGAGUUUGCACAUUUUACACAACGUUGGGAGGGAUGAAAGCCGUCAUAUGGACCGACGUUUUCCAGACCCUGGUCAUGUUUGCCGGAAUGUUAGCUGUCUUUAUUCAGGGAUGCAUUAAAGUAGGUGGCCUUGGAGAAAUGUGGAAUAUCAACUAUGAAGGCGGAAGGAUUAAUUUCUUUAAUUUUGAUCCAGAUCCACACAUUCGACAGUCAUUUUGGUCUUUGACUAUCGGGAUAUAUUUUGUAUGGUUGUAUCCCUACACCGUGGACCAGCAAAUGGUGCAGAGGUUUUCUUCUGCUCGGUCCCUGAAAGAUGCAAGAUUCGCUCUGAUUUGCAAUGUCCCAGGGAUGUUCCUUUUGAUAACGCUGUGUUCGCUCACUGGAUUGGCUCUUUAUGCCAAUUACGUCACUUGUGAUCCGCUAAAAAAUAAUGACGUAGCAAAUCCUAACCAGCUCCUACCAUAUUUUGUACUGGAAGUCUUCAAAGAUCUACCGGGUUUGCCUGGCUUAUUUGUAGCCUGUAUGUUCAGUGGCGCCUUAAGUUCCGUGUCCUCCAUGUUGAAUUCACUAGCAGCGGUGACUUGGGAGGAUUUUCUAAAGCUGAAAUUUGGUUACUUAUCGGAGAGCAAUGCCACGAUAGUCACUCGAGUUCUUGUUUUUUUGUUCGGAUUUCUUGGAAUUGGAAUGGCGUUUGCUGUCAAAGAAAUGGGCGGCACUGUACUACAGGCGUCCUUGACCUUUAACGGUUCAGCUGGAGCCCCUCUUGUUGGGGUAUUCAUUCUUGGCGCCUGCUUUACAAGUUCUAAUUGGGUCGGUGCAUUGGUUGGAGGUUUGCUUGGUUUCGCUUUCCCUAUGUGGGGUGGAAUAGGAAAAUACGUCUCUUCACCCCAGAACUUCCGUCUUCCUACCUCCUCCAUGGGCUGCAACGGCAACAACGCAAGUGUUCAUGACGUCAUCAUGUCAAGUGAUUAUUUCACAAACCAAACCAAUCAUUCUCUAGAGGGUGUUAACCAGUUGUAUGGGAUAUCUUACUUAUGGUUCAGUGCUCUGGGUGUGCUGAUAACCGUGUCUGUCGGUCUCCUAGUCAGUUGGUGCACAAAGGGUCAGACGGAGAAGACUGGUAAGGUACCGGAACAUUUAAAACUGAAGAUGUGGGAGAACAUCUGUAUGUGUCUAUGUUUUCCUCCAAAUAUUAUAGGAAAGGAAGAAAAGCAGAAGCAGUUACGAGAACAGCUCAAGAACGUGCCGCCAAUAGUCUACUCUCAUCGUGACGUCAAGUCCAGCAUCCUGUAUUUACAAACAUCAGACGUAACACUAACAGUAACAAAUAACCCCGAUGGCCUCCGAGAGGAAUCAGAUUCUAAAGAAAUUGCUUCAGAAUUAAAACCACAUCGUGAAACAGAUGAUAGUGAAUCAUUUACAGAUUCGUCAAGUGUAGACAAGAUAUUGCAAAACAACUGAGGAAAAAUAAUGAAUUACAUGUAUAGGGUGUGGGGAAAAUCUAAUGUUGUUAAGAAAAUAAAGACCUAAUUACCUAGAUGUCUGACGUAAAAUGCGUACAAAUUGUUUUUAUGCCCCCGAGAUCAAAGAUCGGGGGCAUAUUUGCUUUUGUCUUGUCUGUCAUUCUGUCUGAAACUUUAACCUUGCUGAUAACUUUUGAACAGUAAGUGCUAGAACUUUGAUAUUUCACAUGAGUAUUCCUUGUGACAAGACCUUUCCGUGGGUACCUAAAUGUUUGACCCUGUGACCUUGGAGUUUGACCUACUUUUAAAAAAUUCACAUUGGUCAUAACUUCUAAAUGGUCAAUAUUAGAGCUUUCAUAUUGCACCUGAGCAUUCCUUGUGACAAGAUCUUUCUACUGGUAACAUUGGCUAUCUUUGGAAUUGGCCAUUAUCGGGGGCAUUUGUGUUUCACAAACACAUCUUGUAUAAUAUUGAAAAAGAAUAUCCUCAAUACAUGUACUUGAAAAAGCUACUCUGGUUAACAUUAAAGAUCAUUGUUAUUCCUAAAAUGUGA